GGAACGGACUUAUUAGUUAUAUCUCCAGCCAAGAGCUAUUCCACUUACUGAACCUUUGUGGAUGGUCUUUACCAUAUCAAUCCCAGUUGUCUGUAUUCAGAAAGAAAGAUAGCAUUGGAUCAUGAAGGGCUUCUUUGCAAAGUUAACAUGGAAUGGACCAUUUAACAUCAACUAAGAUUAUCAACGCAGAUGGAAGCUUGGGAGGGUCUGCCAAAGUCGUCACUGAGACAGUAACCACUUCAAGCAGGCUGACAUCAUUACCUCCAAAGGGCGCCAGUAGUGUUCGAGUGGUCUCCUCCAGCAGCUCCUCGAGCGGAGGAGGCACAGCAGCGGAGAGGAGGCUCGUCACUCGGAGCGGCGGAGCCAGCUAUGCCAGCUCUUCCUUGUCCGGUGGUCUGUCGAUAGAGAGUGAGGAGGAGUUCGAGGAGGACACAGGUGGGGGUUUCACCUCCACCUCCACGGUGAGUGGCAGCGCAGGCUCGGCCUCGGAGGGCACCACCACCACCAGCACCACCACCCGAAUCAUCUCCACAGGAGUCUCAUCUUCAUCAUCUUCCUCAUCCUCAUCGGCCUUGCUGGAAGGGCUCGGCGCAGGAUCGAGCAGCACCUCCCGUUACCUGUCAGCAGCAGGUGAAGAAGGAGGAGAAGAAGGAGGAGGUGAAGGAGGAGGUGAAGGAGGAGGUGUAGAGUCAGCGAUGUCGUCAGGAGCUGGAGGGUCCAGCUCGGUCACCGUCACCAAGUACAGCAGCUCCUCCACCCAGGGGUCUGUAUGGGCUGGAGAAGGUGGAGAGAGUUCCACCGUCACCAAAUACAUCUCCUCUUCAGGGGGAUCUUCAUCUUUGAGUGCAGGAGGAGGAGGAGGAGGAGGAGCAGGGUCUAGCUCCACCACCGUCACCAAAUAUAUCUCCUCUUCGGGAGGCUCUUCAUCUUUGAGUGCAGAAGAAGGAGGAGGAGGAGGAGGAGGAGGAGGAGGGUCUAGUUCCACCACCGUCACCAAAUACACCUCUUCUUCAGGAGGAGGAGGAGGAGGAGGAGGAGGAGGAGGAGGGUCUAGUUCCACCACCGUCACCAAGCUCACCAAGUACAGCUCGUCUGGCGGGGGCUCCUCCAGCCUCACCAAGUACAGCUCGGCCAUCGGGAGCUCCCUGGGGGUCGGAGGAGGCUCCAGCGCCGUGACAGUCACCAAGUACAGCGCCUCCUCCAUGGGCAUGGGCGGGGGGGUCAGCGGGCGGAAAGGCUCGGCGUCGUCCUCCUCCGCCGCCGCUGCCGUCGCGUACACGCCACCCCCCGUGGAGAAGAAGACGAUGCUCACCACGCGCUCAGCGAGCUACGAAGGAAGUUCCAGUCCGACCUCGUCCCCCGAGUACACAAGGAAAGAGUAUGCUGCAGCCAGCGCGGCCACUAGGGGGCGUACUCACACCAAAGAGAGUGAGAUCCGGGCAAGAUUGCAGAGUGCUUCUCCUUCAGCAAGAUGGACUGAGCUGGAUGAUGUCAAGAGGCUGCUGAAGGGGCGCUCUGAGAGCAUCAGUCCCCCACGCUCGCCAACAAACACCCUCCCCAUCCCCAAGAAGGCCAGCGUCUCUGACGCACAAUCAGGCCAGUAUGACAGCUCUACGCUGGACUCCACCUACAUGUCCUCGGGGAGCUAUGGCUACCACGCCAGCGCCAAGAACAUGAGUCCCACCGGCACCCUGCAGACCAGCACAGUUUCUGGCCUACAGAACAACAUGAACCUGAGUGCUGCCACCAUGACUGCUGGACUCACAGCUGGCAGUGCAGUCUAUGGGAUGCAGAACAACCUGGCCACCACCACUGGGGGUGCUAUAACGUCAAACGGUCUCAGUGCUCACACAGUGUACGGUGUUCAGAAGAACGUUGGAAGCACUGCUGUAGCAUCCACCGCUGCAGUGGUGCCCAGUAGUCCAACGCCGAGCGACGACGUCUUCGCCAAAGACUUCAAGUUCAUGCUGCUGGAGAAGGAGAACGCGCCGGCCAAGAAGGAGACGGAGCGCCUGAUCAUGUCCAAGGACAGCGGCAAGCAGUUCACCACCACCACCACCAGCGGCUCUUACUCCGAGGACUCCCUGAAGAAGGAGAAGAUGAAGGUGUCCAGCGCCACUGAGACCACCACAGCCAGGGCAGACACCAGCAUUUCAAUCACAAAAGCAGCAACUAAGGACAAGGCCACUUAUGCAGAGAUCCGUAAGGAUGAGCGUGCGGGUGGUGGAGGGGGCGGGGCGCUGGGCUUCUGCUCCUGGUGGAAGUGGCUGCUGGGGAUGCUGCUGCUCUCCCUGCUGUCCCUGGGCCUGCUGUGUGGCCUCAUCGCUCUGGCGGACGACAUGCGGAAGCUGAAGGCCCGCGUGGAGACGCUCGAGAAGAGCGUGGGCGUCGCCUCCUCCUCCGCCUCCGCCAGCCGCUUCCAGGCCGGCCCGUCCACCGUCAACAUCGUCAACCCGCUGGACUCGGCGUACGCGGAGCGAGGCGGCGGCGGCGGUGGCGGCAUCGUUCGCGCUGACAACACCAUCCAGCUGGGCGCGUCUGCUCCGGGUCAGGGCACGGCGGCCGUGGACCCGGUCACCCUGCAGCGCACCGUCCAGCACCUCCUGAGAGCCGAGCUGCAGUCCGAGUCCAUACGAGCUACACUAGCGUCAUCAGUGAGGGGGGAGAGAGGAGAACCCGGACCUAAAGGUGACGCUGGACAUCCUGGAGCUAAAGGAGAGGCAGGGUUCCCUGGUAUGCCAGGUCCUCCUGGUUUGCUGGGGCAUCCUGGACAGGAAGGACCCAGAGGCCCCAAGGGAUCUCAAGGUGAUGCCGGUGCUGAUGGGCCACCAGGCCAGAGGGGUCGUGAGGGACCAGGGGGCGUCCGAGGGGAGCCAGGGCCGCCGGGCGCCGGAGAGAAAGGAGAGAGAGGUUCCCCAGGAGACCCCGGUGGUCCAGGGCCUGUUGGGCCAUCAGGGCCAGCUGGUCCCAAAGGUGAAGCAGGAGGACAUGGUGCUCCUGGUCUUCCAGGUAGUCCUGGUCCUCAGGGUUUCCGUGGCGAAGCUGGAGAACCUGGGCCAAAGGGUGACAAAGGGCCAGCUGGUCCACCUGGAAACAAAGGUGAUCAUGGUGAGAAAGGUCCUCGAGGUUCAGCAGGAGAGCCUGGUCAACCUGGUCCAGCAGGACCACCUGGAGAGAAGGGACCUAAAGGAUCUGUGGGUCUUCCUGGAGCAGAUGGCGAGAAAGGCCCCCGAGGUGAACAAGGACAAAGUGGCUUACAAGGACCUAGAGGACCAGCGGGACCACCAGGAGAUACAGGAUCACCAGGAGUACCAGGUCUUCAGGGACCACCAGGUGUACCAGGACUUCCAGGAAAGCCCGGAGACAGAGGAGAAGCCGGUGAACCUGGUAGAGUUGUUAAUGCCGCCGGGUCCAGUGCCGUGGCUAUCCCUGGACCCCCUGGGCCAGCAGGGUCCCCUGGUGCCGCCGGUCCUCCUGGGUUGUCAGGUCCCAUUGGUCCUGCUGGCCUUCCUGGCCAAUCUGGACCCAAGGGCGAGAAGGGCGAGAAGGGAGAAAAAGGAGAAAAGGGGGAGAAAGGAGAGAAAGGAGAGAAAGGCGCUGAUGGUGCACCUGGAGCUGCAGCAAAGACCAACGGGAAAGACACAGACAAGGAUGCAGCCAAACCUGAACCUGUCCCUGGGAAACCGGGUCCCCCUGGACCUCCUGGACCCCCAGGCCCGUCUGGCGCAGCUGGCCCUCCAGGUGAGGGUAAAGCCGGUCCCCCCGGACCUCUUGGUCCUGCUGGGCCACCAGGAAAGGAAGGUGUUGGCAAACCUGGUCCCCCUGGUCCGACCGGUGAACCUGGAAGGCCAGUAGUAGGAUCUCCUGGUCCACCUGGUCGCCCAGGGCCAAAGGGAGAGCCAGGUGAGGGUGGCGAACAAGGAUACCGAGGAGAGCAAGGUCCACCAGGUGCACCGGGUCCCCUCGGAGAGCCUGGUCUUGGCAUUCCAGGCCAGCCUGGACCUCCAGGACUCCCAGGAUCCCAAGGCCCAGAGGGCUCACAAGGCCCAGAAGGAGCUCAGGGACCAGAGGGUCCUGAAGGUCCACAAGGUCCAAGAGGUGAAGCUGGUAUUCCGGGUGCCCCUGGAAUUCCUGGUUAUUCCAGCAAUCAGGGCUCACCUGCUCCAGGACCACCAGGGCCUCCUGGACCUCCAGGCGCCCCGGGGGCUCCAGCAGCGGGGACAGACUCUGGAUCUGUUGGCCAGCAGAUCGCUCAGUAUCUCCAGAGUGAUGGUAUCAGGAGUUAUCUGGCGGGACAACCUGGUUCCCCGGGCCCUGUUGGUCCUCCUGGCCCGAUUGGUCCUCCUGGAUACCCCGGAACCCCGGGCUCAUCUUCAGGCCCUACUGCCUCAGUGGAUGACAUUGCUGCCCGCGUCCUUAGCUAUGUUCAAAGGGCAGGGGCAGGGGCAGGUGCAGUGGGUCGCCCUGGUCCUCCAGGACCUCCAGGACCUCCUGGUGGUGCAAGCGGUCCGUCCAUCAACGACAUCAUGUCCAUCAUGCAGAGAGAGGAGGUGAGGAGGUUUUUGAUUGGUCCUCCUGGAGCGCCUGGAGCCCCCGGAGCCCCUGGUGCACCCAGUGGGGGUUCAUACGGAGCAGAUCCACAGGAAGUGGCGUCGCGAGUCCUCGGCAUGUUGAACGAGCGUGGAAUGGUUGGACAGCCAGGACUCCCUGGUCUUCCCGGUCCUCCUGGUCCUCCAGGAUUUCCUGGGAAUGCUUAUGACAUCACCUCCUUGCUGCGGAAUUCGGACUACCAGGGCCUUCAAGGACCCCAGGGCCCGAUCGGACCUCCUGGCCUUCCUGGUCCUCCUGGACCACCUGGGUCAGGGGGAAGGAACCUGGAGGACAUUCGGGACUAUCUGACCACGGUUGGUCUGACAGGGUCCCCCGGCCCUCCUGGGCCACCUGGGCCUCAGGGGCCCCCCGGCGGGGGGAGACAAGGACUGCUGUCGUACGCCUCCAACGAGUACGAGAGCAUUCAGGCAGAGGUGCAGAAGUACUUCAGAAAUCAUAACUUUGCAGGACCACCAGGGCCACCUGGUCCUGCAGGGCCAAAGGGGGAGAGUGGCGAUCCCGGACACCCCCGAUCCCAGCUCUACCGAGGGGUCCAAACUGUGGACUACCCCAACAUGGCUCUGAGAGUGACGGACUACAUCAAAUCUCAUGACUUGCUGCGCGAUGACUUGGAGGAUCGUCCUCAGGUCAUCCAGGGACCCCCUGGACCUCCAGGUCCCCCAGGCCCAUCCGCUUCUGACCAAAACAUCUCAGAGCUCGUGGACUACAUGAAGGCACACGGAGGUCUCGUCGGCUCUCCCGGUAGACCAGGGCUCCCAGGCCCGAAAGGGGAACAAGGUUUCCCAGGGCUUCCUGGACCUCAAGGGGAGAAAGGUGAAGCUGCAUCGGGAAGACAGAGACGGCGUCGAAGCACCACAGCGUGAUCUCCAGUGAACAGAUGUCCAUCUCUGUAGUCACUUCAGAAUGUGAUUUUAGUCGACAAACCUGACAAAAUAAUGUGUAUACACCAACAACCAAUAACGAUGAUAUACCUCUUAACAAAACCAUACGCAUUUUUUUUUGCAAUCCAUCAUAGACUCUGUUCACACUUGGUUUCAAAAUGAGUCUUCGGGGAUCAGAUCGUGGACAGUGCUAAAUACAAGUGUAGCCUACAACAAAGACACGUUGUAUUUUGAUUACUCAGACCAUGUUUCAUAGUGUGUAGUAAUUAUGAAGUGUUACAGAUGUAUUUUGUAGUGUAAAUGCUAAUGAUAAUGUGUCCUGGUGUGUCCCCAACAAGGAGUCGGAAGUGAUGUAAGCAGUAACAAAAAUCUGAAUUCAGGUGUUUACAAUGUGUGGCUCUCAUUUGGUCUUUUACAUACCCUCCCUUCCUUCCUCGAUCCUCGUUCUCACUGAUCUAGGUGGCAACAAUGAGAUAGUCUGUCCAGUGUUAGUUAUAGAUCAGUGGGAACGAGCCUGGAGGACCGAGCAUCGAGGAGAGAGUUUGGGAGCCACCCAAUGUCUCUGACCUUGGGCAUGAGUUAACAGCAAUGUGACUGGACUGUCUCUGUUGUCUUUGUGUAAGCAAGACCAUAAACAUGAUUUUGUGUAUUAAUCUCCGGUUUUGUAUUCACCAUGACAUUACGGUACUUUGCAUACUGCUUGUGUUUGUUUUUUUGGGGGGAAGGUAUUUUGCAUAUAAUCUGAAUGUUUUUCUGAACUUUUUCGAAGUUUUGUGUAAAUGAUUUAGCAGUUCUGUAUCCUUGCAUGUUCUUUGCAAGUGGGAUCUGUCAUACUGUGUUUAUAUGCGGGGUGUUUCACUACAAAAAUAUGUAUAUUUUUACUCAUUUUUAUCUAGUAUUGAGUGUGGGGACAAGGUACACUAAGGAUAAUCAUGUGUACGUCACCUCAUUUUUAAUAUAGUCAGAUCCUUUGAAUGUACUGUAUGCA